AUGGCAACUCCCGCACCUUCAAUAGCCCCUGCGCCCACUCCAGCUCCGUUGGCUCCCGCAAUUGCCGCCAAGCCAACCAUUUCACCGUCUCCCGGACCGGGUACACCCGGAUCCGUCACCUCCAAGGAAUGGGUUAUACCACCACGUCCCAAACCUGGCCGGAAGCCUGCCACAGAUACGCCGCCUACUAAACGUAAGGCGCAGAAUCGUGCGGCCCAAAGAGCGUUCAGGGAACGUAGAGCCGCCCGCGUCAAUGAGCUCGAAGACCAAAUCAAGAAAAUCGAAGAAGAGCACGAUAUUCAUGUGGCAGCGUUCAAAGAGCAAAUUUCAAAUUUGUCUCAUGAAGUCGAACAGUGCCGGAAUGAAAUGACAUGGUGGCGCGACCGAUGCCACGCUCUGGAGAAGGAAGUCUCGGUCGAAAGAAGCGCGAAGGAAGCCCUUGUUAAAGAGUUCCGGUCGUCGCUCUCAGAUAAGAAUGCCCCUGCGGGUAGGGCACCAUUGACUCGUGUGUCUGCCAGAAACUCCGGUUCUGGACGAGCUACAAAUGAAAGGUCUUCGCCGAGCAACGCCAACAGUGGUAGUAACGAUGAUGAGCAGGAGGAAGUGCCACUGGGCUGUCCUAGUUGUUCUUCUACACAUUGUCAGUGUAUUGAAGAUGCAUUUGCAAUGCCGGGCGUUGAGUCAUUGCAUUCUAAGCGUCUUAGCACCACUGGACAAGGGCGUGCCGAGCCUGAGAUAAAGCCCGACCCGGAGGAGAUGGAAAUCGACUUUACCACACGGUUUGCCGCCCCUCAACCACAGGAAGACAAUGCCACGGCUGUUUCAUCCCCCGCGGUUGAUCCGUGCGGCUUUUGCCAGGAUGGAACCCCAUGUAUAUGUGCGGAAAUGGCAGCCCAGGAAGAGCAGCGUCGACAGUCCUUCGAGAACAACCGUCUUGCACCUAUUCAGAACCUGUCUCAAUUCACACCACCUCCCUCCGAUGGCGACGUUCGCUCUGAAGUCACUCUGCCGUCCAUUAACCAGGCAACCAACCCCUGUGCGAAUGGCCCUGGCACCUGUGCCCAAUGUCUUGCGGACCCGAAGAGUACCCUUUUUUGCAAGACGCUGGCGGCCUCCCGCUCCGCCAGCGUUGCCUCCUCCGGAUGCUGCGGCGGUAAGGGCGCCGAUGGCGGGUGUUGCCAGUCACGCAGUUCCAACCCUCCGCGUGCUGCCGCUGCCAAAUCGACAUCUGGUAGAUCUACGACGCCAUCACUGACCCUCUCUUGUGCUGAUGCCUUCACGACAUUGUCACGUCACCCGAACUUCUCCCGUGCCAGCGAUGAAAUUUCUACGUGGCUUCCUAAGCUUCAUACAUUACCGAAUCCUAAGGAUGUUGCAUCACCUGAUCGAUGCUCCUCGAGGGCGGCACUCGAGGUCGAGGCAGCGAGCGUAAUGGGCGUCUUGCGCUACUUUGAUCGGAGGUUUGCCGACAAAUAA